CUCCGCGACAAAACAUUAAAAUAGGGACAAAACACGAAACUGUCAACUACGAAAAGCUUUCUACGAUCUGUGCCAUGUCUGUGCCACGGUAUCUGUGCUUUCUAUUUUCAAAUUUCUGUCCCAUUUCAAUUUAAAAAAAAAAUAUUUCGUGUGACCUUGACGUAAGUAAUUAAUAAUGGAAAUAUUCUAGCAAAUAAGUAGUAGAAAUUUUAAUGCAAUACGUUCCAAAUCAAAUAAUUUAAACAUUAAAUUAAAUUUGUAAGUUUUGGCAAUGUCAAAAAAUAACGCAGUUGAUCCAACCAGCGAAAUAACAGCGUUUUCUGCACUGACCUCUCAUUUUUCGUCAAAAAAAAUAAAAACCAAAAAGUUCCUAGAAGCAGCUACAGAUGCUGUCUCUUUAAUUGAAAAAUUCGGUAAAGUUUUCUCUCCCGUUACAAAUGACAUGUUAAAUAAUAUAAAAAAACUAAACCAAAAAUAUGAAGAAGACAUAGAAGGCAAUAAAUAUUUGGAGGAAAUGAUUAUAAAGGAACAUGGUCAAGGAGAAGGAACAGCAACAGAUGCUCUGCUCUGGCUACGAAGAGCUUUGCAUUUCUUAUCAAUUUUUUAUGGCUCUGUGAUAGAAGACACUUUAAAUGUGUGUCCUACAAAUGAUUUAGCACAUUUUUUAAAAAAAGCAUACUCAGCUACUCUGGAGCAGUACCACGGUUGGCUCGGCACCCAGUUAUUUAAUGUUUUAUCUCGUUUUGCACCAACCAGAAGGCAAUUUCUAUACACCUUAGCACUAAAUAAGGACAAUCAAGAAGAAAUAGUUAUAAAGGAUAUGCAAAAAUAUAACCAAAGGUUGUAUGCUACUGUUGAAAGAAUAAUAGAUUUUUAUAAUAGUAAUGGACUGGAAUCAGCAGCUAUAUUAUAAUUUUUACGUUAUUUGAUUUGUAUACAUUUUAUAAAAAGUUUAGUAAAAUUUAUUAUUUGAAUAA